AAUUUAUGACCGAUAUUUUAUGCCUCAUUGCUUUUAUUGGGUCUUCCGGAAUUGAAGAGGAGCUUAAUGGUAUCCAGCCAUCAAAAUUUGUUCUACCAAACUCAUAUUCCUAUCUAUCCACCUUAUAG